ACCCACACGUCACCCCACUACCUCGCGACACGCUUUUAUCAACGACCUUUCCAACGCGCAGCAACUCCCCCGACAGGCUCGCAGAUGUAUCUCCAUGACAGAUCUUCUAUGCGUCCUGCCGCACUUCCCGAUUGGCCAAUAUGCUAGCCUCGUGCCCGCAUUGGAGAGGCAUCAGUUGACCACGAGCGAUCUUCUCACCCUCGAUGUCACCGACAUAGGCAAACGCACCCAGUUGCCCCUCCUCGACGUCAAGCGGCUGUGCAAUGCAGUCCUGGACGCCCUCCACCGCGACCUUGGCGUCGCACCGAACGACGCGCAGGAUCCAACUCCCCGGCAAAACAAGCAUGUCCGGGACGACCCAAGGCCUGCAGCCGGCCCGGCCUACCAGCUGAGACACACGCACGCGUCCCUCGCGGCGCAGUGGCAGACAAUCAGCACGCUCGACCCGGCGCUGGACCGCGCCCUCGGCGGCGGCGUCCCCGCCGGCUACGUCACCGAGGUGACGGGCGAGUCGGGCGCCGGCAAGACGCAGCUCCUGCUCUCGCUGCUCCUCGCCGUGCAGCUCCCGCCGCCCCGCGGCCUCGGCCGGCAGGCCCUGUACAUCAGCACCGAGGCCCCGCUGUCGACCCGCCGCCUGGCCCAGAUCCUGGCGAACAACCCCGCCCUGCAGGCGGCCUCCUCGGCCGCCUCCUCCUCUGGCCAGACGGGACCUCCGCCGUCGCUGGACAACAUCAUCAGCGCCUCGACGCCGGACCUCGAGAGCCAGGACCACAUCCUCAGCUUCCAGGUACCCGUCGAGGUGGAGCGGCGCAACGUCGGGCUCGUUGUCCUCGACAGCGUGGCGGCCAACUACCGCGCCGAGUUCGAGCGCGGCGGCGGCCGAGGGGGGGGCUCUAACAUGGCCGCCCGCUCCGCCGACCUCGUCCGCCUGGGCUCCCUGCUGCGCGACCUGGCCCGCCGUCACAACCUCGCCGUCGUAGUGUCCAACCAGGUCGCCGACCGCUUCGGCGCGGUCAGGAGCCCCGCCCCGCCUGCCCCCUGGACCACCGCCAUGGCCGCCGCCACCCAGGAUAGCAACAGCAACAGCAGCCCCCUCGCGUCCCGCAGCCGCGCCGCCGCUGAGCCGCUGCAGAUACCGUCAUCCUCCUCCCUGGCCGAGCCGGGUUUCCCGCGGUCGAGCAUGCCCGACCACCACCACAACCACCACAACCAGCAGCCUCCGGCCGCCCCCCCCGUCCUCCUCCUGGACCACCAGCAGCGCUGGUUCUCGGGCUGGGGCGACGACCCGCCCGGGGUCGUCGACGACGACGACGACGGGGCGCAGCAGCAGCUCAAGACGCCCUCGCUGGGCCUCGUCUGGAGCACGCAGGUCGCGGCGCGGGUGGCGCUGGUCAAGCGCCCUGCGUACGGCGGCGGGCGGCGGGCGCGGUACCGGGUCGGGGAGGAAGGGGAAGGGGAAGGGGGUCUACGAGGCAAAAUCAAGUUGGUUCUCUGUCUGCCUCCCUCGAGGUGCGGGCUGUUCGUGAGAUUUGUGGAGACGCGUUUUGAGAAUGCGUCCAGGUAGUUGGAUUGACAUGAAUACGUGGCAUGAAGACACGCGGUUAGAUAUGGAUUAGAGAGGAUGAGUCUACAUGUGGUCUGCAGAUAUGAUGCGUGAUCACCAUCGCUUUACCUGGGCAAUUACAACAGAAGUGCCAGCAAGUGAAUCAAGUCGUUAUGAUAACGCGGGAACCAAAUACUAUUGGCACCCACUUUUCUCCUUUCCUUCGUUUUGUUUUGCUCCACCCUCUAUAUCGUCUACCAGUCGAAAAUGCGCCAACGCUCCCAAUGCACGGUAGCUAGAGUACAACAACAGCAGCAGCAACAAGAAACAGCCACGGAAACCUCCCGGACCACAC